AUGAUUAUCAGCAUCAUUGCUCUUUUGGCCACUGCACUCUUAAUCACAUUCGAUGCUGUGUUCCUCAGUAAACCUGAUACUUGUAUUCUAACACCUUCGUGUACUAACACUGCUGCUCAAACAUCGGGUGUAUAUUAUACAUUGAAACGUGACAAUGCGAAUGAAUCAUACCCACCGGCCAGUCAGCAACAAUAUCCUCCAAUGCAACCUCAACCACGACCACGUGAACUGCCAUGGGAUCCCCCAAAACAGUAUUAA